AUGCCGCCGUCGCUCGACCUGCUGUACGUCGUCGGUGUUACGAAAAAGCUGUGUUCUAACCCUCAGUCUCUUCUUGACAGUAUUGGGCCGCAGAUCCUAGGCACCUUUUUCAACUGGGCGUUGCUGGGAGUUCUCAACAUUCAAGUGUACCUCUACACUGUCUCGUUUCCGCGUGACCGAUUGUUCUUCAAGUGCUUAGUAUAUAGCUUGCUCAUCUACGAGUGGGUCGAGACGGCGUUGGUUACCACGUCUUUCUUCAAUGUUUACUUGUACAACUUCGGCAACCCUGAAGCUGUCAUUGGAUUCCAGUACACUUGGUUCGCGGUCCCGGUUAUGGGAGCAGUUGUGUCCGCCAUCGUUCAAAUCUUCUUUGCUUGGCGUAUCUAUAUUCUCUCUAGAUUGCGGUGGUUGGCAGGAACUAUCAUCUUGCUGAGCCUCAUCCAACUGGGCGCCGGACUCGCUGGCGGUGCCAAACUUGAACAACUUCCUGCUUGGGAGGCAACAAAGCUCGCUGAACCAGAGUUAAUCACAUGGCUUGUAACAAGUGGCGUUGUUGACCUUGUAAUUGCAGUGUCGAUGACGAUCUUGCUCCUCUACUCCAAGACUGGGGUUAAGAGCACAGAUGCCGUCAUCGAUCGCAUUGUACGUUUGGGCAUCGAGACCGGUACGCUCACUGCCACCAUGGCUAUUAUUUGUGCUAUUGUUGCCAAUGUUCCUCCCGUCAAUCAAACACUUGUUUUCGAAUGCAUAGCUCUAGUUCUUGUUAAAUUAUACGCCAACACACUCCUUACCAAUCUCAAUAGCCGCACUCUGUCGAAGAAAGUGCGAUCCGCUGAAGAGUCCUUCGCGACCAACCGGAUAGAGCUGCCAGUCCGUGGUGACACAAGCGUAGCUGAGUUUGAUGGGCUAUCCACUGGCAGAACUCUCGACGGAGCGAGCCCGUUUGGCCCAAAACCUUCAAUGGAAGGUACAACCUGCAGUGAUCACAGCCCUAGGCCACAAGUUGCUGUUAUUCACAUCCAACAAGAGGCUGCGCGCGAGAAAAUGUCGACAGAUGCAGGGUUGGCGGUUUAG